AUGUCAAAUUUUACCGCAACAACUUCGUCUGUGGACCAAAUUCCGUCCUUCAGCAUAUUGGCUACGGCUGGCUCCACAUUGCUCUUAGGCUUGCUUUAUGCUCUAUAUAACUACCUACUUCCCAAGCCGAUCCCAGGAAUCCCGUACAAUACAGAGGUUGUCAAGUCCCUUCUCGGAGACAUUCCCAGGCUCCAGAAAGAAUCUCCCGAAAACCCCUUCAGAUGGAUGAUUGAACAAGCGCGUCGACAUGACAGCCCCUUGUCUCAGUUCUUCCUCCAGCCCUUCCACAAGCCGACGGUUUUCAUCGCCGACUUCCGCGAGGGACAGGAUAUCCUAAUGCGUCGCAAAGAAUUCGAUCGUUCCGACUUCACCAUCAGCCUGUUGGGCGGAGAGGCCCCUAGCUUCCACAUCAACUUGAAGACAGGGCCGGAAUGGAAAGCCCACCGACGCUUGCUCCAGGACCUUAUGACCCCCAACUUCCUCAACAACGUCGCGGCCCCGAACAUCUACAAGAGCGCUAGAAAUCUUCUGGAGUUGUGGAAGAUGAAGACUGCUGCCACUGAUAAGCCUUUUAGCGCCGAGCAAGACAUCUUCUACACAGCUCUGGAUGCAGUCUUCGACUUUGGAUUCGGCUCCAGCGUUGAACAUCGAGCAUUGAUCCCACAGAUUGGGAUGCUUCAGAGUGGCAGCGAGAAGAAGGCUGGUAUCGAUGCGUCGAACGCAAAGGCCGCUAGCUUUCCUGUGGCACCCAUCCAUCCAACUCUGGAGACUGCUAUCAAGACGGCUGACAACGUCACCGGAGUUGCUGCUACAGGAUUUCCUGACAUCGCAUGGUGGUUGAUUGGCCUCAAGCCCAGCGUCAGAAGCAUGAGAACUUUUAGAAAAGCAUUCUUCAAAGAGCAAGUUCAAAAAGCUGUCGAGAGAUAUGAAGGCCAGGCUCAGGACAAUGGCGACAGCGACGUCAAGUCUGCGAUUGAUCUGAUGAUCCAUAGAGAAACUGUCUUUGCGGGCAAAGAGAACCGCAAGCCGAUAUAUUGGUCUGAUGCAAUGAAUGACGAGUUGCUUGGUUUUGUCGUAGCAGGUCAUGAUACCACAAGUACAACCCUUUGUUGGGGAGUGAAGUUCCUGAGCGACAAUCCUGCUUGCCAGCAACAGCUUCGCAAGAGCCUUCGCGCUGCCCACCCAAACGCCAUUAGCGAGAACCGCCUCCCGUCCCACGAAGAGAUAACUGGAGCUAGCAUCCCCUACUUGGAUGCCGUUGUCGAAGAAAUGCUCCGACUCUCGCACACUGCUGUCGGCCAGGAAAGACAGGCCAAGGAGGACACCAUCGUCCUUGGACGCCAUAUUCCCAAAGGCACCACCGUCUUCAUUCCCAAUAGGGGCCCAAGUUUCACAGAACCAGGCUUCGAAGUCGACGAGAAGCUGCGCAGUGCUUCGUCUCGGACGGCAGCAGAGGAGCGCGGCUUACGGGCGUGGAACUCUGACGGUAUGGACGAAUUCCGCCCUGAGCGCUGGCUCAAGAAGAGCGAUAACGGCGAGGUCGUCUUUGACGCAUUGGCUGGGCCGACUUUGCCGUUCGGUCUUGGUCUUCGGGGCUGUUUCGGUCGGAAGUUGGCGUAUCUGGAACUUAGGCUUUUGGUGACUCUGUUAGUGUGGUCGUUUGAUUUCCGGACUUGCGAUGAGAGUCUAUCCGACUAUGAUGAUAUUGAAACAUUGACGCGGAAGCCGAAGCAGUGUUUCGUGAACUUAGGGGUUCUGUAA